UUACAUAAUGACAUUUUGUCAUUAAAAAAAGAAUUUAACACGUAUGUAUGUAUAAGAAUGUUAAAGAUUCGUCGUUCUACAUGGGAAUUUAAAGAUCGUGUUGAUUUACAUAACAUUAUUAUGUUGAUGUUAACGUAGGCUUAAAAAAAUGCGUCAGCUGUAAUCGUCAGAAAUAUAGUAGUUGUUGAGUGGGUGUCAAACGAAUACGCCUAUCGUCAGUAAAAAAUCAUGGUGAGGUAAACAGACGGUGGAGUAACUUCAAGAAAUAUGUAAUUACAUAUUUGAAAAUCCAAUUCUCUCUUACUUUUGUACAAUAUGGAACUUUUAAUACAAAUAUUUUUAUUUGUUGUGAAUCAUUAUAUGUAUAUUGAUUUCAUUGAAAGAUUUUGUUAAAUAAGUUAUAUACAUGUCUAUAAAGGAAAGUUUAGUUAAUUGUAACUUACUAUAAAUUAGUUCUGUUACAGUAUUGUACAUAUAAUGUAUUUUAAUUAUAAAAAAAUAUAGAGCAUUGAUAUAUUAUUUUAUAAAGAUGCAUUUCUCUAUACCAGAUACACAAGAAUUUAUUGAUACAGCUGGUAAUACCUAUGUGGGUUACAAUAUCCAUAUAAAUGGUUUAUUUCAUUGUACAGUGAGAUAUAAACAACUACAUAGUCUUCAUGAGCAAUUGACAAAGGAUUUAAAUAUAAGUCUUCCAUCAUUCCCACCAAAAAAAUUUUUUCCUUUAACAACAAAUCAACAAGAAGAACGUCGUUUUUCUUUGGAAAAAUAUAUCCAGUCAAUUGGACAAAAUGCAGUGGUUAAUAAUUCAGGAAUGUUAAAUGGAUUAUUGAAUGCUCAACAAGAAACUGUAGGAGGACCAUGCAAUGAUGAAGUUAUGGAUAUUUUUCUCAUAAAUGGCAGCAAAAUAAUAGUCAAUGUUUCCACAGGAGAUCAUUCUAGUAAUGUUUUAAGGAAAGUGUGUCAACAUCUUAAACUACCAGACCAAUAUCAUUCUUAUUUUGCAUUAUUUAUUGUUGCUCAAGAUGAAGACAAUAGUAUUUAUUUCUUGAGAAAAUUACAAGAUUUUGAAUCCCCUUUUAUAACAAAUAAACACAUGCAUGUUAUAGGAAGUAGAGUUGUACUUGGGAGAAAUUACUGGGAUGUGGGGUAUGAUGUUAAACUAAUGAAUAAUUCAGUGGCAAUGAAUUUGUUAUAUAUACAAGCAGUUGCAGAAGUUCAAAGAGGCUGGAUUCUUGUUACAGAUGAAUUGAAAAAUCAUUUAACUACAUUACAAAAUUAUGAAAAGAAAAGAGAAUAUGUGGAUAUAGUCCGUAGUUUAAAAUACUAUGGUUAUAUUCAGUUUGCUCCAUGCCUCUGUGACUAUCCUCGUUCAGAUACAAAAGUAUUAGUUGCUAUAGGAAGAAACGAAUUGAAUUUACGUAUAUUAUCUGAUGAAGGAAAACGUGAAGAAAUGUUUAAAGUUUCACGAAUGCGUUGUUGGCGUAUAACUACACUACAAAAUGGAGCUGAAAGAAGCGAAGAAAAUGACGAUUUUAGCUUAGAGUUAUCCUUUGAAUAUUUAGUAGCUAAAAAUGAACUACAGUGGAUUACAAUUAUUUCAGAACAAGCUAUUUUAAUGUCCGUAUGUUUGCAAGCUAUGAUUGAUGAAUUAUUAUUAAAAAAUGAUGGUGGUAAUAAAUCUCAGGAAGUAUCUCAAAAAUCUUGGACGUAUGUUAUGAGAGAUGGACAAAGUGUUAUAAUGGGAUCAAGCUCCAAUGAAUCUGAAGAAAGUAAAAAGAAUCAUCGUAUCAAAGAAUCUUCGAGAUCAGAACCAAUUAUGAAAAAAAUUGCAGAUAAAUUAUCAAUAGUAAAAAUGAAAAAAUCUAAUGAUGCUAAAAGUAACAUAAGUAACAAACCUCAGGGAAAAUAUCCAUUGGAACACGAUGUUAUGGAAAACAAUGCAUUUCGAAUGAUCGGCGAUGAUGAUUUAUAAUUAUGGAGGGUGAUUUCAGCUAUUCUGAAAAACAUUUUAAAACAAAGUAUAUUUUUUCUAAACUGCAAUGAAACUAUGCAAAUUUAUAGAAUUUUUACAUGAAAUGUAGUAAAACAAUAUUUUACUUGUAUGCUACUAUCAUGAUCGUUUUAUUCAUAUAAAUUUCGAAAAAUUUAUCAGUUAUUUUUAAGAUUUAUAAAAAUAAUAUAGAAAUUAAGGGCUUGAAAAUUUGUAACAAGGUUUUUCUAAUAUAUAUGUAUAUAUAUAUACACACGUUGAUAAUAAAGAAGGGCAUAACAAGUAUGUUAACUUCAUGGAAGAAUGAAUGCGUCUUAAACGAAACUCAAUUUACGGAAAGUAUCGAAGAAAGUUUUAAAAUGGAUGAAAUAAAAGAACUUAAAUAACUUAGAA